UAGAAGCGCCGCCGCUAACAUGUGCAGAGUUUCCAGUUUAAACAACUUCUUCACACAGUCUAUGGUUUUAUCCUGUUUUUUCUUUCUUGAUUUUGUUUUUGCACCAUCUGCGUCCUCACAGAAUCGGACAUUCUCUAAAUCGUCUUCGAUACAAGAGGAAACUGGAGUAGGUGCUUUUUAUUACUUUUUUCUUGCAAAGCUAACAAGCUAACCCCAACAGCCCUCUGACAGCAAUACAAGACAUCAUGGCUAAUGAAAAUGUGAAUAUUGUUUCACCGUGUGAAAAUAAGGAGCAGGCGGGUGACAGUGAAAGCACGGUAGAAACAAAUAAAAACUCAGAGGAAUCCACAGAGACCCAAAGUCUGUCUAAAAGGCAAAGAAAAAAACUUCUGAGGCAAAAGAAAUGGGAAGAAGAGAGAGAACUGCGAAAACAAAAAAGAAAGGACAGAAAGCAGCAGCGUCGGCUCCAAAGGCAAAACAACCAGGAUGAGGAGAGGACAGAGAUUGACCGAAAUCCAAGGAAAAGGCUUCGGAAAGUGGUGACCCUCAGCUCUGUCAGGCUAGUGGUGGACUGCAGCUUUGAUAGCUUGAUGCAUUUGAAGGAUGUUAGAAAACUUCACAAACAGAUCCAGCGGUGUUACGCAACAAACAGAAGAGCCCCAUUUCCAGUCCAGUUCAUAGUGACAAGCUUGGGUGGACAGCUGAAACAGAGCAUGGAUGAAAAGGACAAAGGAUGGGUUAACUGGAAGGAUAUCUCUUUCAAAACAGAGCAUUACAGUGAAGUUGUGGCCAAAGAGGACCUGGUUUACCUCACUUCAGACUCUCCAAAUGUGCUGACAGAACUGGACCAAAACAAGGCCUACGUCAUAGGAGGCCUGGUGGACCACAACCACCAUAAGGGUAUUACUUUUGAGAAGGCAAAAGAGCUAGGGAUUGCUCAUGCGCAGCUUCCACUCAGCAGUUUUGUAAAGAUGAACAGUCGCAAAGUCCUGGCUGUCAACCAUGUGUUUGAGAUAAUCCUGGCAUAUUUGGAGAAGGGUAAUUGGCAGGACGCCUUCUUUACGGUCCUACCACAGAGAAAGGGAGCUGUGGCUCUGGACCAGGAUGGAGCCCAGGACCAAGAGGAGGAAGAGGAGCAAGAAUCAGAUUUUGAUUCAGAUGAACAGGCACCACCACAGAUGGGGAAAAAUGGAGAGGACACAUCGAGUUAACCAAAGGAACAAAAGAAGUGGACUUUGAAGCAUUUUGGGUUAAAUUAAGAAGAUUGAUGCCUUUGUUAAGUUGAACUUUAUUUUUUACACUAUUAUUUAUUUUAAAAGUUUGACCUGAGCAACUACUCGAUUAUUGGAAAAAACAAAUCAAUUCACAUUCACAUUCUGUUUGAUGCUCAGUUGAAUAAGCGAAUUGCAUAAAAUGUUGUUCAAUAUUUUGUGUUAUUAUUUAUUUUCAGAUCAUUAUAGGGGGUUAUUUUCAAUUUAUAUGAACAUUAGUUAUCAGAAUAAAAUGAGGCAUAC